AUGGCAACCUCUCAGCCCGGCCUACUCUCUACGGGGUCUCCAUAUGUCACUGACUUCAUCGCCACCUCACCCUUUGAGAUUUCCGCCCUCGUCCUCUCACACCUUGGCAACUGCGACCUCAAAGCCCUGCGUUUGACCUGCAACAAAUUAGCCAACCAUGUCCGUCCUCAUCUUCGGUUCAAGCGUGUUUUCAUAUCCGCUAGUCCCCUAGAUGUCCGGGUCUUUCGCGCCAUUGCAGAAGACGACACCUUCCACCGUGAUGUCCGCGAGAUCAUCUGGAACGAUGCUCGCUACGAAACAACACCGCCUCCAGAUACUAGGCUGCGGCACUUGCACGAAGACUUGUGUGAUUCCGACGACGAGGACGAUAGGGAUGGAGAAGACGACCGGCCAGAGAAGCCCCCGCAUGGCAAAGACUAUGAUGCUGAGACUCUGCCCCAGCAUCUCGAGACUGCGAAACAGCUCGAGACCCAGCUGCCUCUCGACGUCGUCUACGCUCACUAUCAGGAACUACUCGCAGAACAGAACAAAGUGCUUUCUACGUCGGCCGAUGUAGCCGCACUGAAUGAGCUUUGGAGGACGAUAGGUUCCCAAACCUAA